AUGGAGAAUUCGUCCUCGGCCACCCCACCUCCCACCAGGCGGCUGUCCGUUAUUAAGGAGGGUACGGAGGUGUCGGCUGGUCACUCAUCGAGGAGCACUCCGCCGGCUUUGAGGAGACAGGUGUCACCACCACAGACAGAUGCCCGAUCAUGGUAUGAUGGUGAGAGGACGCCAUCGUCACCGUCUUUGCCGCGGAUCAACCCAGCCGACUACGGUUGUGGCGUACCGGAGGAUGAUGGAGGGUUUACAACGGACGUUGAACGUGGCUUGGCCGGCGAGGAGGAUAUCGGCAGUAGCAGCAGCGAUGAUGAGGCGUCCAAUGAGUCUGGCAGCGACGAGGAUUCGAGCAGUGAGAGCAGUACUUCGGCAUAUGAGAUAGUUCAACGAGGGGACGAGAUCGUUAGAAGGAAGCGGCGGAAGAAGAGGGAGCCUGCGAGGGACUUGGAGUUUAUCGAUUGGAGCGAAGAAUUCAACACUGGCAUCAUCGCUACCGCCCACGAGCCGACUCUGCGGUUCAAAAAGGUGGUGACACGAAGAUUCGGGGCGAAACUCAGAGGCCAUCCGAUGUUCCGAGAGGACGUCCAGCGACAAGAGCAAGAGAAUGGAGACAAAACGCAUGUUGCAGAGUUACAAAUGUAG